CAAAACAUCAGGGUCUCUUUAUUAUUCCCCGGGCAUGAACGUUUGAAUGUGUGUGAUAGAGGGAGAGAGAGAAGAGAGGUUAUGGCUAUUGAAGUUUGCUGUUCAGAGGCUCCUGAUUCUGGAACCAGCCCAAGAAACUCUUUCUCCUAUGAUAUUGACUCAACGGACGGUGAAGUCAGAUUAGACUCGACGCUUCUUGACUCAGGUUCGGAUUUAGAUUUCUGCUUUGGCUCGAGUUGUUCUGUUCAAGAAGUGUCUCCUGCUGAUGAACUCUUCUCCGAUGGCAAGAUUCUUCCUGUCCAGAUCAAGAAAGUAACCUUUCGGGUUCAAAGAUCAGCUUCACUCUCAUCAUCAUCAUCUUCUUCUUGCUCUUCCUCUUCUUCAUCAUCAGCACCGGAAAAGAAGAUCAUGAGACUCAAAGAUCUUCUGUUGAAUCCUGAAUCUGAUAUCGAAGACAAGGAGCCAAAGGGACUGUUCUUACAGUUCAAGAGAAGCAUAAGUCUCAACUACGACAAGAGCCGUAACAGCAGCGGACUAAUCAGAUCUCUUCAUUUCCUCUCACGAAGUAACUCCACAGGCUCUGCUCUAAACCCUAAACCUAACUUGCUUCCCAAGGACCCUCACAAAACCCACAAUCUUCCUAAACAAACGUCUCUUAGAAGAUCGUCUUCGCUCUCAGCUUCAGUCCCUUACAAGAAACCACUCGCUAGAAACAGUUUCGGUAAUGGAAACGGUGGAGUAAGAGUUAGUCCGGUCUUAAAUUUCCCGCCGCCGGCGUUCAUCUCGAACGUCGCAGAAGGAUUUUUCAGCAUUGGAUCUCUAUGUAACGGUAAGACAAACAGGAAGACAAGAUUAUGAAAACAUCUUUUGGUCUUUUGUGGCCGGGCAGGAGUAACAGAAAAUGUCUUUUAUUUAUUUUUAUUUUUUACUGUUGGUUGUACAAUGAUGGAAUAUCGACAGCUCAUGUGAAGAUUAGACAUCAUGUGAGUUUUGUCUAUAACCACCAAGAAUAAUUGACGAACUAAGCGUAUAGACGGUACUAUAAGAAUAGGAACAACCCCUCGUUUCUUUGGAGUAAGACUAGAGUAUUGUUAAUGUUCAGAUGUGUAAACAAAAUUAUCAAGAAAUAAGAUUAUGUGUAG